AGCUGCUCCUCGUAAACAAGAGCAAUUCACGUCAAGUUUCGGCUGAUUGGUCUCGAGAGGGAUACGUUGGAGGAGUUGAUUUUUCGCAUUAGUUCUACCUCCACAAGGACCUCAAGCCCGCAAUGAAUCGCCUGUUCGGCAAAGCGAAGGCCAAGGAGCCUCCGGCCAACUUGAAUGACUGUAUUUCCACAGUUGAUCAGAGAGCGAACAACAUGGAUGAGAAGAUCCAGAAACUCGACAAAGAACUCAUCAAAUACAAGGAGCAGCUGUCCAAAAUGCGAGAGGGACCGGCCAAAAAUUCAGUGAAGCAGAAAGCGCUGCGAUUGCUGAAGCAGAAGAAAACCUACGAAUCCCAGAGAGAUAAUCUUCUGCAGCAGAGCUUCAAUAUGGAACAGGCGAAUUUCACAACUCAGCAGCUCAAAGAUACCAAGGUCACGGUGGAAGCGAUGAAGCUUGGUGUGAAAGAGAUGAAGAAUGAAUACAAGAAAGUCAAUCUGAAUGAAAUCGAGGAUCUUCAAGACGAUCUUGAAGACAUGCUCGAGCAAGCCAACGAAGUUCAGGAAACUCUUGGACGGUCUUACAACAUGCCAGACAUGACCGACGAGGAACUGGAAGCUGAACUCGCUGAGCUCAACGACGAGUUAGCUUUGGAUGAAGACAAUUCCUACCUGGACGCAGUCAACACACCUGCGGUGCCGAGUAAAGACCCGUCGGCGAAAGAAAAACCUCAGCCCACCGACGGGAUCAUGGUUGACGAAUUCGGUCUGCCUAAAAUUCCGCAGUAAUAAGCCAGUGAUCCUUCAUGACCUCUUAUUGUUCCGGUUUUCAAUUGUUCUGUAAUUAUCUUGGGAGGCACAUAAACUAUAUCACAUGCAAGAAAGUGAUGUCAAUAUUGAAAUGAUAGCAUGACGAGGGCUUGCGUAAUAAAAUAUGAAA